UCUGGUUCUCUAGGUACUGGCAUCGCGCACAAGUACAUGCGCGGUUCAAUAUCAACGACACAGAACAUAGACAACACGACUGCUUGAGCCGGGAGACAGACGACAAGGCAUCGCCAAAAGAGACCGGACAGAUCUUGCCGGUGAUGUUUUUCGCUGCGGUCUUUGCUGCGGUCUUCGCUCUUGUUUUUGUUGUUGCUGCUGCUACUGCAGUUCUUGAUGCUGGGCCGCUCGUCUUGAUGUCCUGGUUGUUCAAGGCAUCUUGGUCGGUUGAAUGGAAAAAGCUCAGGGGAUCUAAGAUAGCGAGCCAAGUUUGUUGUAUACUCACUCUGCUUAAAUACGUUGUGCUGGAAUAUAAAAAAUUAGCAGAUUUCUCGGGUUCUAUCAGAUAGACAGAAGCAUUUUGGAGGUGAUCAACGGCUGUCUGAUGUUUGA